AUGUCGAAGAACUCGUCAUUCAAGCCAAAGACAUCCUUCUUUGGUCCCAGGGAUUCGUUGUCCGACGCAACCUUUGUAGUUUCAGACUCUGCGUCCAGAGCAUCAACAUUUUCCUCUUCGCUCGCCUCACUGUCGUUGGCUUCCUCGUUGUCGUUUUCUUCAUCUUCGCUAUGUUCAAGUUCUUGCGCAGUGAAAUCUUCCGGUUCUUCAGUCAGGAAAAACUCUUCUUCGCUGUCGUCAUCUAAGUUCUCCUCAUCCCCAGAUAGUUUGUCUUCCAAAUUCUCUUCGUCUUCAUUGAGUUCAGCACCAUCAUCGUCUUCACUGUUCACCUCUGUGGUUCCAUAUUUUUCUUUCAAUUCAGGAAUCUUUUCGAAUAAAAGAGCCUCGCCUACGCCCAGAAGAACCAUUUGUGCUUGGCCAAAAACCUGGGUCGCAUCUAGUCCGUCCACAUAUAUUUCAUCUAAAACAGAAUGUUCUUUGGCGAUAGGGUCCAAUAAAGAUUUGGUGAUGGUAUUAAGUUGUUCGACGGUUUCUUCUUUCUGUGCGAGCUUGAAAAUGUUCGCUGGGUUCUCAGCGAGCGAUUUUAGAAACUCCAUGACACUCAGAUAUCGACGGCGGUGA